CCCUUUCCCUAAAAGCAAAGUUAAUUUUGUCCAUUACUGGUUAAAAGGUUAUUCACUUUUACCAUUUAAAAAUUCAUGGACAUUUAACAAAUUUGGACCUUAAUCGGGUAUAUUCAACCCAUUGUCCCUUAACUACGAAGCAGAUAAAACCUAACUUUUCUUGUUAAAGCUCAACUUAAUAAACUAUCCUACAUGAUUCAUUCAUAUAAAACAAAAGUUUAAGUUGGCUAAAUAUGUGUCAAGGAGUUACACUAAGUCAUGGUAAAUAUUAGAUGCACAUUACAGAAACCGAGUAUCAUUUAAAUCAAUUAAUUCAAUAUUCCAGUUCAUUACUUCAUUCUAUUUUCUUCAACAUUUCAAUAUUUUUUCCAUUUAUUUAGUUUUAUUUUGGAAACACUCAAUCUAUAUAUAGUACAAGCAGCCCUCUUCUCCCAGCUCCCUCCCUCUAGAUCACACUCUCUCUCCAUUUCUCUUUUUCAUCAUCUCUCUCUAUUUAACUCAAUCACUAGUUCACUACAAACUCAUAAUUAAAUAAAAACAAUAAAUAAUUAACAGAGACCGGCCUUCACCUACGUCACAAGCUCUCUCUUUCCCUCUACAUAUUUCGUUCUUCUUGCAACACGGAAAUGAGCGAGAAGUGGAAGCUGUCGAAAAAGGAUGCAUCAUCUGCUUCCUGCUCAUCUUCUAGUUCCUCUAAAUCCAAGUUCUCUAGAAGCUUCUCAACGAGUGCUUCCUCAACAAAGGCUCCCGCAUUAGUACGGAGCUCAUCCACCAAAUGUUCAGUGCCAUCUUCUUCUUCUUCCAUCUCAAGAAGCACCUCGAAGAAAGAGAAAGGAUCAUCAUCUUCCAUUACCCAAAAGUACAGUAGCAUAGCCAAAGAACAGAAGGGAAGGUUUUACAUCAUGAGAAGGUGUGUGGCUAUGCUUGUUUGCUGGCAUAAACAUGAUUCCUAGCCUAGAUCUCAUGCAAUUUAUAUUCUUUUCGCUUUGGUAUUAGAUCAGUUUGAUUCUCUACUCUAGGUUGCUACAAGUUUCUAUAAUAGUACAUUGUAAGACCCUGGUAAGAAAGAGAAUCUUUUGAGAAUUAGUACUUUAUUGUUAUUAAUUUGAUAAGACAAAGUUCUGUAUACAAAUGUACAAAUAACUUCGAAUAUUUAAAAUAAAGUGAAAGUUUUAUGCCA